AUGUGGUCCAUAAAAAAUGGUGAAGUAAAUUUCCAUAUAAAUUAUGCUCAAGGUGAUGAUCUACAAUCUCAAACUCCAGGGUAUCAAAUUGGAUUCCCUUUAUCUGACUCAAAUUGGACUGGCGGGAAUAUAGGAAUACCAUAUACUCUUUCCGAUCAUUUUUAUCUUUUAUUUAAAUUUAUCAGUAUUACGAGUCCAUUAGAUAUCGAUGAUUUGUCGGUUUCAAUAUGCACUAGUUCACAAUCUAGACCACCAACAACAACAGUUUUCGAUUGUGAUUUUGAUAAAACUUUAUGUCCUGAGUUUGAGUCACUUUCCAACUAUUCUUAUACUUGGUCGACCAUCGAAGCAGAAGAAGCACAAAAUUACACUGCAACAGCUCCAUCGAUUGACUAUUCAAUUGGAAAUAAAACAGGUCAUUAUAUCUGGCUCAAUAAUUCAGAUUCGUUGCAAUCUGGUGGUGUUGGAUAUUUAAAGACACCUAUCUUUCGUUUUACACAAUCUGAUCCUGAAUUCUGUCUAAACUUCCAGUAUUAUGCAUUUGAAGCUACUGUUCAACUAAGUAAACUUUCAGUACUAGCUUUAAGUGAAGGAAAUGAAAUGUCUGUUCAACAAGAUUGGCCUAUUAAUCCGAUUAAUUAUAUAUAUGCCACUAAUCGAUGGUCUUGGGGAUUUGCUCCAUUACCCUUGGGAAACUUCUCUCUCCUAUUUCGUAUGGACUCACAGUAUGAGGUAGGUGGUUCAUUUGCGAUUGAUUCAAUCUCGAUUAGUUCUUGUGAUUAUACUCCAAGCUGGUUUUCUCCUACUUCACGCCUUAAAUUCACUUGUGACUUUGAUUCUUCGUCAGAUUCUUCAUGUGGCAUACAAAAUGAUUACACAGAUUUUUCUCCACAAUCUCUUAUCAAUACUACCAUACAAUCACCAAAUACGAUUAGUGAUCGAGAACUUGGUCCAAGACAAGCAAGUGGUUGGAGUGGUAAUCAAUUUCUUUAUUGGUCACGUUCUAAAAAUACAUCAACAAAUUUAACUACCGGAUACUUUAAAACACCUUUAAUCGAAACAAAUAGAGAUAUGUGUAUUCGAUUUUCUUAUUUUGUUAAUUCGAUUGGUGUUCAACCAAAUGAAAAAAAUACCAAAAUAGAUAUUGCAGCUAAUGGUUGUACGGUUUCAACUGUUUGGUCUAAUGAAUUAGAUGACAGUUUUGGAUGGCAAUUAGUUGAACAACGUUUACCU